UAGUUCCAGCACAAAAAGCACAAAUCCGCCAUUCCAUAAUUCACGGCAACGGACUCACAGCUGGACCAAAGAGGCUGCAGUCUUCCGUCUUUUAGCGCAUAUAGACUAUGGAACGAUCUGUACAGGAGCAGCUGUUGUAUAUACUGCAGAAUCUGGGAGAAGAGGAGCUGAAACAUUUCCACUGGUACCUACAGAAUGUACCUGUAGGUGAUUUCACUACCAUUCGGAAGUGCCAUCUGGAGAAAGCAAGCAGACUGGAAACUGUAGAUUUGAUGGUGCAGACAUAUACUACUGACCAUGUGGUAGAAUUGGCGACAUCCAUUUUAGAGAUGAUGAGUCAAGGAAAUCCCUCAGUUCAGGCACCUUUAUUACUUUCAUCAGAAGAGACUCUUCAAAAAUGUCAACCCCAACUCAAGGCUAAUCUACGGAAUGUGUUCCAGUGUGUGUUUGAGGGGAUUGCUAAAGCAGGAGACCCAACUCUUCUGAAUCAGAUCUACACAGAGCUCUACAUCACAGAGGGAGGGACUACAGAGGUAAAUAAUGAACAUGAGGUCAGACAGAUUGAAAGAGCGUCCAGGAAACCAGACAGACCAGAAACAACAAUCAGACAAGAAGACAUCUUUAAAGCCUCACCUGGAAGAAAAAGAACAAUCAGAAGAGUCCUGACAAAAGGUGUGGCUGGCAUUGGGAAAACAUUCUUAACACAGAAAUACACCUUGGACUGGGCUGAAGACAAAGCUAACCAGGACAUCCAGUUCAUAUUUCCAUUCACUUUCAGAGAGCUGAAUGUGCUGAAAGAGGAAAAGUUCAGCUUGGUGGAACUUGUUCAUCACUUCUUUACUGAAACCAAAGAAGCAGGAAUCUGCAGCUUUGAAGACUUCCAGGUUGUGUUCAUCUUUGAUGGUCUGGAUGAGUGCCGACUUCCUCUGGACUUCCAUAAAACUACAAUCCUAACUGACCCUAGAAAGUCCACUUCAGUGGAUGUGCUGUUGAUAAACCUCAUCAGGGGGAAACUGCUUCCCUCUGCUCACCUCUGGAUAACCACACGACCUGCAGCAGCCAAUCAGAUCCCUCCUGGGUGUGUUGGCAGAGUGACAGAGAUCAGAGGGUUCACUGACUCACAGAAGGAGGAGUACUUCAGGAAGAGAUUCAGAGAUGAUGAGCAGGCCAGUAGGAUCAUCUCCCACAUCAAGACAUCACGAAGCCUCCACAUCAUGUGCCACAUCCCAGUCUUCUGCUGGAUCACUGCUACAGUUCUGGAGGAUGUGCUGAAAAUCAGAGAGGGAGAACAGCUGCCCAAGACCCUGACUGAGAUGUACAUCCACUUCCUGGUGGUUCAGGCCAAAGUGAAGAAUGUCAAGUAUGAUGGGGGAGCUGAGACAGAUCCACACUGGAGUCCAGAGAGCAGGAAGAUGAUUGAGUCUCUGGGAAAACUGGCUUUUGAUCAGCUGCAAAAAGGAAACCUGAUCUUCUAUGAAUCAGACCUGACAGAGUGUGGUAUCGCUAACAGAGAAGCCUCAAUGUACUCAGGAGUGUUCACACAGAUCUUGAAAGAGGAGAGAGGACUGUAUCAGAACAAAGUGUUCUGUUUCAUCCAUCUGAGUGUUCAGGAGUUUCUGGCUGCUCUUUAUGUCAACCUAACCUUCAUUAACUCUGGCAUCAACCUGGUAGAAGACAAACAAACAGCAUCAUCCAAGUGGUCUAAAUUAUUUAGGGAGAAAAAUAAUUCAAAAUAUCUCCACAGGAGUGCUGUGGAUAAGGCCUUAGAAAGUCCAAAUGGCCACCUGGACCUCUUCCUUCGCUUCCUCCUGGGUCUUUCCGUGCAGGCCAAUAAAUCUCUCCUACGAGACCUUCUGACAUGGACGGGAUGUUGCUCACGGAACAAUCAGGAAAUAGUCAAGUAUAUCAAGAAGAAGAUCAAAAACAAUCUGUCUUUAGAAAAAAGCAUCAAUCUGUUCCACUGUCUGAAUGAACUGAAUGAUCGUUCUCUAAUUGAGGAGAUCCAACAGUCCCUGAGAUCAGGAAAUCUCUCCACAAAUAAACUGUCUCCUGCUCAGUGGUCAGCUCUAGUCUUCAUCUUACUGUCAUCAGAAAAAGAUCUGGAUGUGUUUGACCUGAAGAAAUACUCUGCUUCAGAGGAGGCUCUUCUGAGGCUGCUGCCAGUGGUCAAAGCCUCCAACAAAGCUCUACUAAGUAGCUGCAACCUCUCAGAGAGAAGCUGUGAAGCUCUGUCCUCAGUUCUCACCUCCCAGUCUUGUAAUCUGAGAGUGGUGGACCUGAGCAACAACAACUUGCAGGAUUCAGGAGUUAAGCUUCUGUGUGGUGGAAUGAAGAGUCCUCACGUUAAGCUGGAAAGCCUCCGUAUACGUGGUUGUAACAUCUCAGAGAAAAGCUGUGAAGCUCUGUCCUCAGUUCUCAGAAAACAGUUGUCUAAUCUGAGUGAGCUGGACCUGAGUAACAACAACCUGCAUGAUUCUGGUGUGAAACUUCUGUCUACUGGAAUGAAGAGCCAACACUGCAAACUAGAAAAACUCUGGCUGAGUGGCUGUAACAUCUUAGAGAGAAGCUGUGAUGCUCUGUCCUCGGUUCUCAGCUUCCAGAACUCCACUCUGAUGGAAUUGGACCUAAGUAACAAUGACUUGAAGGAUUUAGGAGCAAAGCCUUUGUUGGCUGGACUAGAGAGGCCAGACUGUGCACUGCAAACUGUCAGAAUGUGUGGCUGUAACCUCUCAGAAAAGAUCUGUGAAACUCUGUCCUCAGUUCUCAGCUUUCAGUCAUCUGGUCUGAGAGAGCUGGGCCUGAGUAACAACGAUCUGCAGGAUUCAGGAGUGAAGCUUCUGUGUGAUGGAGUGAGAAGUCAACAAUGUGUAUUGGAAAUUCUCAGUCUCUCAGGCUGUUUGAUCACAGAGGAAGGCUGUACCUCUCUGGCCUCAGCUCUGAGCUCCAACCCCUCCCAUCUGAGAGAGCUGGACCUGAGCUACAAUCAUCCAGGAAACUCAGGAUUGAAGCUGCUGUCGGCUGGACUGAAGGAUCCAGGCUGGAGACUGGACACACUUAGGGUGGAGCCUGCUGGAGUCCGAUGGUUGAGACCAGGUCUAAGAAAGUAUUCCUGUCAACUCACAAUUGACACAAACACAGUAAACACAAACCUCCAACUGUCUGACAACAACAGGAAGGUGACACAUGUGGAGGAGAUUCAGUCAUAUCCUGAUCAUCCAGACAGAUUUGAAAACUGUUAUCAGCUGCUGUGUAGAAAUGGUCUCACUGGUCGCUGUUACUGGGAGGUUGAGUGGAGAGGAUGGGCUGAUAUAUCAGUGAGUUACCAAAGAAUCAGAAGAAAGGGACGCAGUAAGGACUGUUUGUUUGGAGGGAAUGAUCAGUCUUGGUGCCUGAUCUGCUCUCAUGAUGGUCCUGAAUCUGUUUGUUACAAUAACAGAGAAACAUCCAUCUCCUCCUCCACCUCCCCCUUUGUCUCUAACAGAGUAGCAGUGUAUGUGGACUGUCCUGCUGGCACUCUGUCCUUCUACAGAGUCUCCUCUGACACUCUGAUCCACCUCCACACCUUCAACACCACAUUCACUGAAACUCUUUAUCCUGGGUUUGGGUUCUGGCCUCAUCGUAGUGGUUCCUCAGUGUCGCUGUGCUGACUUGAAUGUAAAGUGUCCUUCUGUUAAAGGAACUGUCAAGGUUUGGCUGUGUGGUAGGUAGGAUGUAGGACCCAAACACCGGAAUCACAACAGGCGAAGUUAACUGAAAACAUCAGCUUUAUUGGUGGAAUCUACAGAUUUAGACAGGAGCUCGAGGGAAACACACAGCAGUAAGGGUGCACAACAUGACAACAAAUAGUAUUAAGUGGACACGGCCCUGAAAAAUGAAGGCAUUAGACUACGUGUCCUUGGGAAGUGGAAUGUUGUAGACUCUCGCUCAUGCCUGCCGGGGAAAAGUAGAUAACAGGGGACCAUUUUCUAGUGGAAAGUUACUGAGACACUGUUUAGACUAGAAUGAGAGAGCUUCUGUAAUAAAACUGUUAGGGGCACACCACCAUUUUGAGAUCCACUGCAACGUGUCAUGGAGGACGCAUCUCCUUUCAUGAAGUAAUAUGAAAGAGAA